AGCGGUCCAGCUGAGUCUAUGGCUGACCGACUUUGAGAGAGCAGCCGUAUUUGAUAAGGAUAGAGAGAGAGAGAGAGAGAGGAAAUAUUCUCUUUUGCCUUCAUUUUCAGUUUGGUAUUUUUCCUUCCAAGUGCAAGCAAGGACUUUUCCCAGAAAACAAAAAAGCUUGAUUCUGCAGUUCUUAAUUUGUUCUCAAGGAUUCAAUACACAAAAACUGAGAUUUCUUGUAUUGUCUUCCAGAGUAGUAAAGCUUUCUGUUUUUUUUUUACUUUCUUAAUUUGUUUUAGCGGGUAUUGCUUCUUCUGUUGUUACUUUUGCUGAUCUAGCAAGUUUAUAACACAACCCAUUACUACUAAUAAGCUCAACUUCCAGAUGAUGUCCGAAGAUGCGCGUUUAGUUCCCUCCAUCAUCACAGGGUUUUCUCAAGAGCCCGAUUCCAGUCCUAACCCUAACCCUAAUACAAAUAAUCAACUCAAAAGGAAGAGAAGUUUACCUGGAACACCAGAUCCAGAUGCAGAAGUGAUAGCUAUGUCCCCAAAAUCCCUAAUGGCCACAAACCGAUUCGUUUGCGAAAUUUGCAACAAGGGUUUCCAGAGAGACCAGAACUUGCAGCUUCACCGACGUGGCCACAACCUUCCAUGGAAGCUCAAACAAAGAUCAAAAACAGAAGUGAUUCGGAAGAAGGUGUACGUGUGCCCAGAAAAGACCUGCGUGCACCACGAGCCAUCGCGAGCGCUCGGAGACCUCACCGGAAUAAAAAAGCACUUCAGCCGAAAGCACGGCGAGAAGAAGUGGAAGUGUGAGAAGUGCUCAAAGAAAUACGCAGUUCAAUCGGAUUGGAAGGCACAUAGCAAGGUUUGUGGGACUAGAGAGUAUAGAUGUGACUGUGGCACACUCUUUUCCAGGAAGGAUAGCUUCAUAACACACAGAGCCUUCUGUGAUGCUUUGGCGGCUGAGCAAAGUGCAAGAUUCUGCUCAGCUCCAACUACCAAUAAUAUCAAUCCAAGCUUCAUGAAUGGGUCUAUUGCCAAUAAUACCCAUAAACCACAGAGAAUCCCACAUUUUAUACCAAUGUUUCAACCGGAAUUUGCUGGCUCUGACCAUCUAGCAGCCAACAAUCAUCUCAGUUCCAAUGCUUUUAUACCUGAAAUGCUGCAAACGGCAUCAAUGGACAUGUUUGGAUCAUCUUCAUCAUCUCAGAUGCAAUGGCUCAUCAACAAUAACAAGUUCGUGGAAGAAUCAUCAUUUGCAAAUGCCAACAGUCUCUCUAUGUCAUCGCCAUCAUUACUGCGGGGAGUGCUUAAGGAGGACGAAGAAUCCAAAGGGAGUUUCUCUGAAACAAUAAGUACUACUACUAACACCUCUUUCUAUACUAACAACAAUAACAAACAGAACCACCACCACCACCACCAACCCAUGUCAGCCACAGCACUUCUGCAAAAAGCAGCUCGAAUGGGAUCUACAACCAGCAACAACAACAACCCAGCUACAACAUUCAACGACACCACCUUGAACUUCAAUGAUAUGGUGAAUUCUACGUCUUCCUCGUCAACUCAAGGAGCCACAAUUGAAGAUGGGUCACUGUUCUUGAGCAACAAACACUUGAUGAUGCCAGCUGGAGCAGCAGCCAUGACAAAACAAGGAACAAGUGAGCAAAGUAGUUUAACUAGAGACUUUCUUGGAGUGGGAGGAGGUGAUGCAAUAUUUGGUGGCGGAGUGCCUUUCUUUCAACAAGAGCUAGCAAAGUUAGCUUCCAUGAGUGACUUGAGCCAAUACACUAGUACUACUACCAGUAGUCGGCAUCAAUGACAUCAAUUACAAGGUAAUUAUAAUUCUAAGAGAGACUUUGUUGUACCUAUAACUAGAGUUUUAGACGAAAUGAAUACUAAUGGAAAGUAGAUUAUUAGGAGGCUAACGAGUCUGAGUUGCACUCUAUAAAGUGAGUCAACCCGUGGAGAGAGAGAGAGAGAGAGAGAGAGAGAGAGAGAGAGAGAGAGAGAGAGAGAGAGAGAGAUAGAGAGAGAGAGAGCGCUAGUGCAGGUUGGGAGAGACCUAACAAAAAGAGAAUUCAUGGGUUUGAAAGAGGGAGGAGGGAAUAGGGACCCUCCCUGCAUGCAUGUUGUAGAUUUUAUUUUGUCUUUCUUUUCAUUUGAUAAACGCUGAAGCCUAGCAUGUGUCAUAUUUGCUUGUGAGUUGUGACCCAUGUCGCUGCCUUUUCUCAGUGUCAACAUUUGCCACCGUCAAUUUCAAACAAGGGAAUCUAAUGUACGUUGGUGUGGACCUGAUUCAGAAAAAGUUCAAUGACAAUGGAGUUGGUUCUACUUUAUUUACUAGAUUUGAGGUAAUUUGCAUUCCCAAGUAAUUAGUAAUGUUUAUUGUUAGGUUAACGUGAAUGUUUGGCAAUUGUUAUAUUCAACAAACAAGCUUGUGGUUUAUAACAAAAAUAUCUUCUUCCUAUUUGUUUAUAAUACAUCACUCUAA